AUGACUGUUGUGCAUAUGGAUACCUCGCUGUAUCCCUUUAAAUUUGAGCCAUUUCUAAGGCAGGAGUACUCGUUCUCGCAGGAUCCUGAUAGACCCGUAUGUGAAUUUUACAAUCCAAGAGAGGGCCCAAGUUCAUGUCCCAGAGGCGCAUCAUGUCCGAAGAAACACGUCUUGCCCAUAUUCCAUAACAAGAUCGUUUGUAAGCACUGGUUACGUGGAUUGUGUAAAAAGAACGACCAAUGUGAAUAUCUACACGAGUACAAUUUACGUAAGAUGCCAGAAUGUGUUUUCUAUUCGAAAAACGGCUACUGUACUCAAACACCCGAAUGUCAGUAUCUACAUAUAGACCCACAGUCAAAGAUUGCGCCCUGCGAGGAAUACACAAUGGGAUUUUGUCCACAGGGUCCAAAUUGCAAAAAACGUCAUGUGAAGAAAGUGUUAUGUCCGCGCUACUUAACCGGAUUUUGUCCUUUGGGUAGACGUGAUUGUGAUAUGGCACAUCCAUCAUUUGUAGUGCCUGGUGACUUGAGUAAGUUGAGAAUCAAGAAGGAUGAAGAAAUAAAUACGAGGAAGUCGGAUGCUGAGAAGGAAAGAAGACUGAAUGCAAUAAUUAAUGGUGAAAUACCUGCAUAG